GGUUGUCGGGGCAGAGAAUUUCAGGUUUUGCCCCUAGCGCGAGAGAGUUAAACAUGCAUAUGGUUAGUUCGUGGGGGUAAUCUCUUAUUAAUUUUGAUCCUGUACAGUUUCCCUUUUAUUAUAUUUAUGAGAAGGUCAAAAUGAAAUCAAAGGUAUUCAUUUUAGUUACAAGUAGAACUGAUUUUUUAUGACGCUUUAGAUUUCGCUAUUUAGCUGAUUCGCUGUUUAGCUAACUUGGCUAGCUAAACCUGCCUCCAGUAAUUCUUCAUGGCUUCUCUACGAAACCGCACUACGAUCUAGCUAGCUAGCCAUAGCUAGCUAACGUUAUAUGACCGACAGUGAACUAACGUUAGUUAGCUAGCUAACUUAGCUUGCUAGUUUUGAUUGGGACAGGGGUGAAGUCGUAACUUAGCCAGCAACUACAACGUUAGGUGCCUAGCUGAUUUGUUUUCAUGUUUCUGUCAAAUAGCGAAUCAGACAGGAUAGCUAUUUUAAGCACCUCGUCUGUGUAGACACGUUUAGCUAGCUAACGUUAGCUGAUAUAUUAACAUAGUUUUUUACAAUACGGGUUUUAGCUAGAUAGCUCUCAGUUGUUAGCUAGUUAGUAUAACCAUCAUCAGGACAGUUCGUUGACGGUAUCUAACUAACAUCACACCAUUUUAGUUGUGAGUCAAAUAGCUAUCAAGUUUUAAAAAGUAGACUAUCGAUAGCUGUUUGUUAGCCAGGUCUUCGUUUCCUUUGUUGUGAAAAGGGACUAUUUCUAUAGUAUUUUGCAAGCCAUCGUGGUUUGUUGGAUGGCUCCUCAGAAACAUAGCUCGGGGGUUGGUGGUUCCGGCCCCGUUAUGGGUUGUGGUACCGGUUAUAAAGGCAACGGCGUUGUGUACCCGUCUUCAGCUGUUGUGAUGGCCUCCGUGAAGAAGCCGAAGAUGGAGCAGAUCCAGGCCGAUCAUGAGCUGUUCUUACAGGCCUUCGAAAAACCAACUCAAAUCUACAGAUUCCUCCGCACAAGGAACCUGAUCGCGCCUAUAUUUUUGCACAGAACCCUCACGUACAUGUCUCACAGAAACUCCAGAACACAUGCCAAAAGGAAGUCUUUUAAAGUGGAUGACAUGCUGCUGAAAGUAGAGAAAAUGAAGGGAGAGCAGGAAUCGCACAGCCUGUCGUCACACCUGCAGCUUACUUUCACUGGAUUCUUCCAUAAGAUUGAAAAGCCAUCACAAAACUCAGAGAAUGAACAAAACUCAGUGUCAUUAGAGGUGCUACUUGUCAAAGUCUGCCACAAAAAACGGAAGGAUGUAAGUUGCCCGGUUAAACAAGUGCCUACAGGUAAAAAGCAGGUGCCUUUGAAUCCUGACUACAGCCAAACCAAGCCCGGCAGCUUCCCCUCCCUGCUUGUGCCCAGCAGUGAGUUCGAGCCCAGCAACAGUCACAUGGUCAAGUCCUACUCUUUACUGUUCAGAGUGUCCCGGCCAGGGAGGAGCAGUUUGAAUGGGCUUACAAAUGGAGAGACCAACGAGAACAUUGAGGAGCUUCCAAGCAGAAAAAAGAGAAACUCCUCCCACAGAGAAGAUGAAGAAGCCACCUUUGUUGCACAGAUGACUGUCUUUGACAAGAACAGACGCUUACAACUGCUUGAUGGGGAAUAUGAAGUGUCUAUGCAGGAAAUGGUGGAGUGCCCAGUCAGCAAGAAAAGAGCCACAUGGGAAACCAUUCUGGAUGGGAAGAGGCUGCCUCCAUUCGAGACCUUCUCUCAGGGACCCACGCUGCAGUUCACCUUGCGCUGGACAGGUGACACCAAUGACAAGUCCACUGCCCCAGUGGCCAAACCCCUGGCCACACGCAAUUCAGACACCAGCACAGUGGAGAGCAGGCCCAGUGCUCUCAAGCCUUCUCUAGUGGCAGUAAAAGAAUCAAUUAGCACAGAUAUUCAGGCGAGAAAAGAACAGAUCCCCGUUGAACCUCGGCAGAAGCUGCGUAUAUUUUAUCAGUUUCUGUACAACAACAACACCAGGCAGCAGACAGAGGCCAGAGAUGACCUGCACUGCCCGUGGUGCACUCUGAACUGCCGGAAGCUCUACAGCCUGCUCAAGCACCUCAAACUGUCCCACAGCCGCUUCAUCUUUAACUAUGUGCCUCACCCUAAAGGAGCCAGAAUAGAUGUGUCUAUCAACGAGUGCUACGACGGCUCGUACGUGGGGAACCCUCAGGACAUCCACAGCCAGCCCGGCUUCGCCUUCAGCCGCAACGGUCCCGUAAAGAGGACUGCUGUCACACACGUCCUGGUCUGCAGGCCCAAGCGCUCUAAGCCCAGCCUGUCGGAGUUCCUGGAGUCGGAGGACGGGGAGCUGGAGCAGCAGCGAACCUACAUCAGCGGCCACAACCGGCUCUACUUCCACAGCGACAGCUGCCUGCCCCUGCGGCCCCAGGAGAUGGACGUGGACAGCGAGGACGAGAGGGACCCCGAGUGGCUGAGGGAGAAGACCAUCACGCAAAUAGAAGAGUUCACAGAUGUUAAUGAGGGCGAGAAGGAGGUGAUGAAGCUCUGGAAUCUACACGUUAUGAAGCACGGAUUCAUAGCCGACAAUCAGAUGAAUCAAGCCUGCAUGUUGUUCGUGGAGAGGUGUGGGCCUCAAAUCGUGGAGAAGAACCUGUGUCGGAACUUCCUCCUCCACCUGGUCAGCAUGCAUGACUUCAACCUGGUCAGCGUAGCGACCAUAGACAAGGCCAUGGCGCGCUUGCGGGAGAUGCAGACCGGGGAGCCCCAGGACGGCGGGGACACGCCUCACGCAAACGGGAGCUGCGUGGCCGACGACAGCGCCUCCGCCGCCCCUGAGGACGCUUCCGGAGUUCAAAAACACACCAAUCACCUGAAACUCUGAAGUCCCGCCCCUCUG